AUGCAAUCUAAAGGACCUUCAGCAUAAUAUCUAUAGAAACUCAUGAUUGAAGAUCCAAACAGAGCACCCGAACAUGUUUUUAAGACCAAUUAAAAAUAUGCUGAAUACAUUGCUUAUUUAGGUUCAUAAAAGGCUCCUAUAACUGCAUAUACGAAAUUGGCUUAAUGGAAACAAUACUCGUUCGAGAAUGUAAAUCUAUUGAUUGAUCCUGCCAAAAUAUCCCCUUUGUUAUCUGCACUCACAGAUGAAAAUAAACUAUUAAAACAUGAAUGUUUCAAAUAAUCUAAUGAUAUUGUUGAAUUAACUACAAUGGUUGAGAGAUUAAUUGAUGACAAUUUAGUAAUAAAGAAGCACUUAGAUUUGAAGACUAAUGAAAUGCAGCAUUUUCUAUUGAAUUAAAAAACAUAAAUUAACGAGGAAAUUUAGGAUCUCAAAUUUUAACUUUAAUCGCUAUAGGAUGAGAAUAAUCUAUUGAUUACACAUUUGGAAGGGUUGAGAAGAAAUCAAAAUGAUGAUGUGAUCAACAAUUUAGAAACUGAAUUGAGUAAUGCUCGAGAUUUGUUUGAGUAAUAGCAAUAGAAUUUCAAAUAAUGUCAAGAAAGAGAAUACGAUAUUAGCAGAGAACUUGUUAGAAUUAAUUCAUAAUAUAAAGAAGCUUUGGAGAAGAUUGUUGAGUUAUCCUCUUAAUUAAGCAGUUAUGAAGAUAAUAAUCAUGAACUCAGAAAUUAAAUCAUGUUAAUUUCUAAUAAAAUGAACAUUAUAUAGAAGAAUGCUUUCGACCAAGUCAACCAAAAGGAAAUUGAACUUGAAAGUCUCUAAAUUAAAUUUAACUCUUUACUUAAGGACAAUGAUUCUUUAAAGGAUUAAUUUAGCCAAUACGAAUUUAAAAUAUAAGAAUUGAUUAAAGAGAAUACUAGAAUAGGUGAAGAGAUGAAGAUGUAUUAGUUAAUGAACAAUGAACUUUUGAAUCAAGAGAAAGAUAUUAAGAAUCAAUUGCAAUUAGAGAAAAUGAAAAAAAAUCCUAAUAUUUCUGAUGAGUAAUUGACUAAGGAAUAAUUAAUAAAAGAAUGCAAAAGAUUAGGGGAGUAAUUAGAAAGAGCGCAGUUAGAAUAUAUUAAAUUAGAUGAUUUCUUGACAAAGCAAAUUGAUUUGUAAAAAAAGCAAUCAGAAUAAAUUCUUGAGAACAUGAAGAUCAGAUUCUAAAAUUCUUUGGAUAGCAGAUAAGAAUAAAUUAAUUAGUUAGAAAAAUAAAUUGCCUCAUAGAUUGAAUAGAUUAAUAUUCAAAAGAAAGAAUUAGAAAUCAUUAAUUUAGAGUAUUAGGAUAUUAAAUAAAAAUAAGAAGAUUAAUCUUAGAUAAAGAAAUUAGUAGAUUAAUAAGUCAUGGAAAUCAGAGUUCUUAAAAGCUAAUUGUAGGAUAAGAAAAUGCUGAUCAAUGAAAUGUUAGAAGAAAAGGAUAAAAUGAGUAAGGUGUUUAAGAGUGAAUAAAUAUCAUCAUAGUAAAAUAUUCAUCUGUUGGAGGAAGAAAUAAAAUAGUUAUAAAAUCAAUAAAUCAAAUAUUAAUCAUAGAAGGAAGAUCUGGAGAAGUUAUUAGAAAUCAAUGAUAACUUAAAAUAAGAAAUUCAUCACAUCCAAUAAUAAUAUAAGGAUGUUUAGGCUCUAUGUAGAGAUGAAAUUGAAAAAAGAUAGAAUUUAUAAGUAGAAGCAGGCAUCUAAGCUAAUUAAAUUGGAACACUAAAAGAGUAGAUACGAUACUUCUAAGAUUAACAGCAAAGGAAAGAUAAAUUAGACUAAGUCUUAUAGGAAAAUCAGAUUCUAAGGGCUCAACUUAAAUAAUGA